AUGGCGGCCCCCAUAGAUCGCAUGCCUCCUACGACGACCGCCUAUGUAAUUGCAACUGCGAUCAUUGCGGGAGUGACUGGAUAUUUCAUCGGCCAAGGCGCCUCGCUGGGUCUCUUCAAAGAAAAGCAAGGUUGGCCGAACGGCUACGACGUCAAAGUCCACCGGGACUCCUCCGAUGAGGAGGACGACGAGGACUCGGAAGACUACGAAAGUGACGAGGACGAAGGCAAUGGAGAGGAGCUCUCAAACUUCAAAGACAACGACGAGGAAGUGAAGCUGGUGCUGGUUGUGCGGACAGACUUGGGCAUGACGAAGGGCAAAAUCGCCGCGCAAUGCUCCCACGCUACCCUCGCUUGCUACAAAUACUUGAUCGCGCAUUCUUCCGACUCCCCGAUCCUGCGCCGCUGGGAGCGCGGCGGCCAGGCAAAGAUUGCGCUGCAGAUCAAGUCGGAGGAUGAACUACUGCUGCUCCAGGCCCAGGCCAUGAGCCUUGGACUCUGCGCGCGCGUUAUUCAGGAUGCAGGCCGGACUCAGAUCGCGAGCGGCAGCCGCACUGUCCUUGGUGUUCUGGGACCGAAGAGUGUCGUCGACGGCGUGACAGGACACUUAAAGCUACUGUAA